GUGGCUCUCUUACAACUUUUUCUCAAGCUUCAAGAGCACCUUCUAAAUCAUGGGCAAAUCGGAGAUCAGAUACGCUGCCAAAGUCGACUUGGAGAAGGAUGCAGCUUCCCAACCUCAACUUCACUCCCAUUUGCUGGCAAAAUCUCAGAUGGUGAAGUAGUCAAAAUCGAAUGUGUCGACUGGACUGGCGGCCAAAUCAAAAACACCGACGAUGCAGACGACAUCAAGAACGUUGAUCUUACCAAGAUCCACUACCUCAGCGGACCGUUUGAGAUUGAAAAUGCCGAACCUGGCGAUGUGCUGGUUGUAGAGAUUCAAGACGUGCAGCCUUUGCAAGACCAACCUUGGGGCUUUACAGGUAUCUUUGCAAAGGAGAAUGGAGGUGGAUUCUUGGAUGAACUGUAUCCUGAUGCAGCAAAAGCUAUCUGGGACUUUGAAGGCAUCUUCUGCUCUUCCCGCCAUAUCCCUCACGUCCGCUUCCCUGGCCUCAUCCAUCCAGGUAUCCUUGGCUGUGCUCCCUCGGCCGAAAUCCUCGCAGAAUGGAACCGUCGCGAGAACCAACUCAUCUCUGAGUGCUCACACAUGAACCGCGAUGUUGCUCAACCCCCCAACCCGACAAACGUGCACGCCGGUGCUGGAGACGAAGCCCUAAAGANNAAAAAAGUCGGCGAGGAAGGCGCAAGAACUAUCCCCGGUCGUCCUGAACACGGUGGAAACUGCGAUAUCAAGAACCUGUCUCGCGGCUCUAAGGUCUACCUGCCCGUCCACGUUCCCGGCGCAAAAUUCAGUGUUGGCGAUUUGCACUUCUCGCAAGGCGAUGGCGAGAUCUCCUUCUGCGGUGCUAUCGAGAUGGCAGGAGUCAUAACCAUAAAGUUCACAGUUAUGAAAGAUGGCGUCAAGCACUUGGGGAUGAAGUCUCCGAUUUAUAUUCCCGGUGCUGUGGAGCCAAACUUUGGACCUGGAAGACACAUUUACUUUGAAGGCUUCUCUGUGGACUCGGAUGGCAAGCAGCACUUCUUGGAUACGACGGUGGCUUAUCGACAGACUACGCUCAGAUGCAUUGAGUAUUUGAGGAGGUAUGGCUACAGUGAUUAUCAGAUUUAUCUGCUGCUCAGUUGUGCGCCUGUCCAAGGACACAUUGCUGGCAUUGUUGAUGUGAGUCUUCUUCCAAAUUUUGCUAGCUAUCUUGAGGCUUUUGAGCUGACAAUGUGUCGCAGANUCCCCAAUGCUUGCACGACUUUGGGACUUCCCAUUGACAUCUUUGACUUUGAUAUCAGGCCCGAGGCUCCAGUCAACAAGAUCGACAUGGGAACUUGUGCGUUUGCUUCCAAGUAA